GAAUUGGAACCGGAAUCGGAAUCGUGGUAGUCGAACUCCAAUACGGUCAUGUCGACGAACAGCACACAGCCGCCGACGCCCAUUAAUGGGCUGGAGGUGCCCAAGCAACCGACUUUUGCUACCUCUAAUCAAUGGAAGAGGGCGGCCCUGAUGACCAAGACGGCGGCGGCUGCCAGGGACAAUUCAGAUGAUAGCGAGGAAGAGGUGGAUACCAAGCAGCAGAUCAAAUAUGGCAGCGGCUUUCAGGCGGCCAAAGCGAUUGUUCAUGAGUAUUGCGACUAUAGUACAAUUCAUGGCAUACGCUAUCUGGGCGAGAAGAAGCGACCCUGGUUGGAGCGUUUGUUUUGGGUCAGCGUCUUUCUGCUCUCGAUAUUCACCUGCUUCAAGCUAACACUCAACAUCUGGGACAAGUGGAACAACAAUCCGGUGAUUGUGAGUUUUGCUGAGAAGUCGACGCCAGUGUGGCAAAUACCCUUUCCAUCUGUCACUGUCUGCCCCGAGACAAAGUCUCGCCAGAGAGCGUUCAACUUCACGGACAUUUAUUGGCAACUUCGCGAUUUUCAGGCCAAUGUCAGUGGUAUAUCUGAUCUUACCGAAAAGGAAAAAUUAACAUACGGAGCAGUGAGUCAAGUGUGUGAUGCUCCGCUGCAUGACAUUGACUACGGUAUGAAGGUCCGAAAGGGAAUUGAGAUCAUCGAUGAACUGAGCGAGGUAAUACCUCUGUUUGAUGAGACCUAUCUGGACUGCAAGUGGCGCAAUGUGCCCAUCAAGUGUAAUGAGAUCUUUCACAAGUUUGUCACCGAGGAUGGCGUCUGCUACAGCUUCAACUCUCUGAGUCCCACUGAGAUCUUUCGAGCCGAAGGCAUUAUACCCGACAUCGUCUUUCGCGAGGAGAAUCGUCAGCCCACUGAAUGGAAUGUGGAGGAUGGUUAUAGCAUUAGUGCCAAUACGGAGACCUAUCCGCAUCGUGUUCUAGGUCCAGGCGCCAAAGCUGGUAUGUAUCUGUUUUUGGGCGGCAUUGAAAAAGAUUUCGAUGAUAUGUGUCGUGGACCAGUGCAGGGCUUUAAGAUUCUGUUGCAUACGCCUGGUGAGGUGGCACAGGUGACAAGACAAUACUUUCGCAUACCCUUCGAUCAGGAGGUUCUCAUAUCGAUACGACCCAAAAUUAUUACCACCUCGGAUGGCCUGAAGCACUAUGAGCCCCAUCGGCGACAAUGCUACUUCCAGAAGGAGCGUCAUCUGCGCUACUUCAACAUCUACUCGCAGACAAACUGUGAACUCGAGUGCCUGGCCAACUUUACGCUAACCAAAUGCGGCUGCGUCAAGUUCUCCAUGCCGCGCAAUGUGAAUGUGCCCGUUUGUGGUGUUGGCAAUUUGAAGUGCUAUAACGAUGCCGAGGAUGAGCUGUUUCUCAAGGAGUUUCAACAGGGCAUGGCCACUGAGGGUGAGAACUAUCGCGGCCAGACGGACUGCAAUUGUCUGCCAUCCUGCACCUCCAUUGCAUAUGAGGCAGAAAUCUCUCAAGCUGAUUUUGAUUACAAGACUGUUGCCAGCAAGGAUAAGGCAGCGGGUGACGAAGCAAAACGCGAAGGCAUGAAAAUGUCGCGUGUUUCGAUAUUUUUCAAGGAGGCACAAUUUCUUACCUCGCGACGCUCGGAACUUUAUGGCACCACCGAUUUUCUUGCCAAUUGUGGUGGUCUGCUGGGCCUGUUUAUGGGUGUCUCCAUGCUGAGCAUUGUGGAGCUGGUAUAUUUCUGCACAGUGCGUUUGAUUUCCAAUUUGCGUAUGCGUCGCAAGACACGCAAGGAGUUAUCCCUGACAAGGGAUCCCAACAAGGAGGCCUAGUUUGGGGAUACGUUGAACGCCGAAACGAAGACAACUGCUUAUCAAUAAACCAGAGGUUUCCCUUUCUCUUCGUAUAUGUGUCUGUGUGUGAGUGUGUUGUGUUUAAACUGCAAACAAUGGAAAUAAAUUUGUACUCU